AUGGUGCAGAAAAAGUGGCAAGUGAUUCCCGCGGAGCAGCGUGAAUCGGUAAAGAGCUUCGCGUUAAAUCAAGUGAUGUCGUACUCUGCCACGAUGGAAUCCGUCCAGCAGAACGAGGAACUUUUACACAAGUGGGACAUCAUUUUAGUAGAGAUCUUUAAGAAGGAAUGGCCGAACAGCUGGUCUUCCUUCAUCCACGAUCUGGUGGUCGCGGCCACCGUGAGCGAGAGUCGCUGCAUCAACAACAUUUACAUUCUGAAGAUCGUGAUCGAGGACGUUUUCCAGUUCGGCAGUUCCGAGUUCACCUCCAAGUUCAACUCGCAGAUCCGCGAAGGUCUCCGGAAGGACAUCGCGGAAGUAUACAACCUCUGCACGCAAGUUCUGGUCAACACGGAAGUGGUUUCGCUCAUCAUCGACGCCGUGAACAUCAUCCGCCUCACGCUGGCCUAUCUGCCCGACGAGCAAGUCUUCGACUACAAUCUCUCCUCCAUUCUGCUCCAGGGCCUCCACCAGGACGCGCUGCGCCUCGCCUGCAUGCUCUGUCUCCAAGAGAUCCUCUGCCACCCGCGCGCCGGCAAGUUCCCCGCGCUCGUCUCCCAGUCCCUGACGCGCUUCCUCCAGUUUUUAGCGGUGCGGAUCGUGGAAACCGGUGAAACGCAGGGGUACAUCGACCUCGAGAUGGACAUCGAGGCCUGCUACGCCUCGCUCCCGCAGGAGCUCCGCGUGUUCCUGCUGAGCCUGGCGCUGUUUCUGAGCUCGGUGGCGGCGCAGCACAAGGCGAUGCUGGUGGCGCAGUCGCUGGCGCUGUACCAGCAGGUGUGCAGACUGCUGCUGUUCCUGUCGCGCUGCCCCGACCACGAAGUGCUGAAGGUCUGCAUGGCGUUCUGGAAGGGCUGGGCGCAGGAUAUUUACAACACGUAUAAAAAGGAUUCGGUCGUGAUGCCGCGAAACGCCCCGGAGGGACCGUUCACGGAUGAAACGCAGGAGGUGGGAGCGAUAGAGAGGAGUUAUGUGCAGCUAAUCAAGCUGCUGGUGCGCCGCAUGAGCCGUCCGGAGGAAGUGAUGGUGAUGGAGAACGACGACGGGGAGAUCGUGCGCGUGGAGACGAAGGACACGGACUGUUCUGCGCUGUACAAAGUCAUGAAGGAGACGCUGGUGCUGCUCUCGAGCGUGGAUUACGAGAUCACCGAGGCGAUCUUUAUGAGCUCGCUGGACGACGAGAAGAGCAACGACAUGCCCUUCCGCAACACGCUGCAGCCGCUGGUGUGGUCGAUCGGAAGCGUGAGCGGCGCGAUGACCGAAGAGCAGGAGCGGCGCCUGCUGGUGGCGACGAUUAUGGACCUGCUGCGGCUGAUCCAGAUGAAGAACAACAAGGACGAUAAGGUCAUCAUUGCCGGCUGUCUGAUGUACGUCAUUCAGCAGUACCCGCGGUUUUUGAGGCAGUAUUACGUGCUGCUGCGGACCGUGAUCCGAAAGAACUUCGACUUCAUGCACGAAACGCACCCCGGCGUGCAGGACAUGGCCUGCGACACGUUCCUGAAGCUGGCUCGCAACUGCGGCUCGCAGCUGAUCAUUCCGCACCAGACGGACAAGGGCCGGUUCCCUCCGUUCAUCGAGGAAGUGCUGCCGAACGUGCCCGUGUACACCGAGCUGCUCUCCACGCAGCAAGUCGAGGUGUUCUUCAGCGCCGUGGCGACGAUCGCCAAGUUCGAGCGCAAUAUGGACACGCGAAAUCAGUGGAUCAGCGCGCUGCUGCUGCCCUUCAACCAGGAAAUGCAGCGCGUGAUCCGCGAGGGCGUGCAGAACGCCGCGCAGUUCCACACUCCCGCGAAUCUGCUGGCGAUUCGGCGCGCUCUGCGCAUCGACCGCGUGGUCUGCGAGGUGCUGCUGCUGGAUUUCGCGACGCAGGUGAGCGAGAAAGGCCGGAUUGAAGCGAAGCUCGUGACCUUCUUCCAGGACUUCUGCGAUCUGUUCCAGCUGUACGGACAGGCGGCCACCAAGACCAUCCGCGCGAAGGGCGCUGCUGCGGUGAACUACCAGGACACGCACCACCAGCUGCUGAUUAAGCGGGAGAUCGUGCGGAUGCUGCAGACCUUCGUGGGAGCGUUCCGGCCGAAGGAUCUGGGGAACGGCGCGCAGGUGGACAUCAAGGAGAUCUGCAAUCAGUUCGUGCCGCUGCUGCUGAAGGACUUCCAGGACACGCCGGACUGCGCGAAGGAGCCGCUGGAGCUGCUGUUUUUGUCGACGUUGAUCGAAACGCUGAAGGAUCGAUGCAAGGGACUCAUCCCGGAUAUUCUCUCCGCGGUUUUCAUGCCAUCGCUGCAGCUCAUCACCAAGGAUCGCUUGCAGUACACGGACUUGACGCUGGCGUUCUAUAAACUCAUGGAGAACUUGGCGCGCUUCGCGUUCACGUCGCUCUUCGCGUUCCCCGAGCAGGAGCAAAAGCUUCUGAUCGACAGUUUGAUUUGGGGAUUCAAGGAUUCCGAGCGCAAAAUCUACGAGACCGCGCUGGAGACAGUAUUACUGGUGCUGGAGGCGGUGCGCGGGAGCGAGAACGCGUUCCGGCAAUCGUUCUACCGGUCGUUUUUGCUGUAUUUGAUCGAGAACGUGCUCGACAGCAUGACGGACGCGAUGCACAUCCCCGCGCUGAGCCUGCUGUCGCGCACGCUGCAGCUGCUGUUCGGGAUGCUGGUGUCGGGAGAAAUCGAGGUGACGCUGCUGCCGAGCUGCGCGACGAGCUUCCAGAACGUGCUGGAGGUGGAGAAGGCGGUGGCGGGGUAUUUGAAGCAGCAGUUUCCGAGGUGUGCGGAGGCGAUUAUCGAUGAGUAUGUGAUCAUGAUGGGGAAGAACACGGGGAAGUCGAACGCGGAGUAUUUGGUGAUUAAUCGGGACUUCUUGAUCCAGCUGAAGGUAGGGAAGGGGGAGAGGAAGUGA